AUGAGCAAUUAUUGGCACUACACAAGCUCCGGGUGCACCUUUACUGGCUCUCCCACACCCACCACCGCCACUUGCUCGUACACCCAGUCGUGGGACAUUGGCUCUUCCACUGUAACGCAUGAUAUGACAUACGUUCUUCCUGGAACCGAGGUCGAGGAAAUCGUCUCUGCUACCUUGACUGUGGCAGGCACGGGUCCUUUUCAUACAGGCACCGCUGCGACUGCUACUGCAGCUACAACGGAUACAAAGUCGGGUUCUACUACAGGUACGACCGUAGAAGGCACUUCUGCCACGAGCACGACUGCCACUGGGGAUGUCGCAGGCAGGACAAUGGCGCCGAUAAUGCUGGCGGGUGCAAUGGGGGCUGGUACGUCGCUGUGA